UUCUCUUUCCGGUCUUUCCUUUUUAAGGCGUUUUCUCUCUCCAGAAUAGAGGGUUCUAGAAGCCAGCUUCCCCUUCAUUUCAUCAACCCCCCGCCCCCCUCCCCCUCUCGCUUUCUCUCUCUCGAGGAUUCGCCAGCGACGGACUCUGCCGCGAAGACACUAUAGUUCUGGAAAUUGGAAACUCCUUGAUCAAAUAUAUAACGGCCUUCUCUUUAUCCUGCUGUGUUUGAUUUGUGGUAAAAAUGAGUGUUGUUGGUUUUGACCUUGGAAAUGAGAGUUGUAUUGUUGCUGUGGCACGGCAGCGUGGGAUUGAUGUUGUACUCAAUGAUGAAUCUAAAAGAGAGACGCCUGCUGUCAUCUCAUUUGGUGAGAAGCAGAGGUUCAUUGGUACAGCAGGAGCUGCUUCUUCAACGAUGAACCCCAAAAACUCUGUUAGCCAGAUCAAGCGUCUUAUAGGUCGGAAGUUUUCUGACCCUGAACUCCAGCGUGACAUGAAGGCUUUCCCUUUCAAUAUGACAGAAGGUCCUGAUGGUUUCCCACUUGUACAUGUACGCUACCUUGGAGAAAAUAAGACUUUUACACCUAUCCAACUUCUUGCAAUGGUCCUUUCAAACCUUAAGGGAAUUGCACAGAAUAAUCUCAAUGCAGCUGUUGUUGAUUGUUGCAUCGGGAUUCCAGUCUAUUUUACUGACUUGCAGCGUAGAGCAGUUCUUGAUGCUGCUACAGUUGCUGGCCUGCACCCUCUGCGGCUUAUCCAUGAAACAACUGCGACAGCCUUAGCAUAUGGAAUUUACAAGACAGAUUUGCCUGAAUCUGACCAAGUGAAUGUUGCAUUUGUUGAUAUUGGGCAUGCAAGCAUGCAGGUCUGUAUUGCUGGAUUUAAAAAGGGCCAGCUAAAAAUUCUUGCCCAUUCUUUUGAUCGGUCACUAGGUGGACGUGAUUUUGAUGAAGUUUUGUUUCAACAUUUUGCAUCAAAAUUUAAAGAUGAGUAUAAGAUUGAUGUCUUCUCAAAUGUACGAGCUUGUAUGCGGCUCCGGAUAGCAUGCGAGAAGCUGAAAAAAAUGUUAAGUGCCAAUGCAGAGGCACCAUUGGGCAUAGAAUGCUUGAUGGAUGAGAAGGAUGUCAGGGGAUUCAUGAAGAGGGAUGAGUUUGAGCAGAUAAGCAUUCCAAUUCUUGAGAGGGUGAAGGGUCCCUUAGAGAGAGCUGUACAUGAUGCUGGGCUCACAGUUGAAAACAUUCAUUCUGUUGAAGUUGUUGGUUCAGGUUCACGAGUACCUGCUAUUAUCCGAAUUCUGACCGAGUUUUUUGGGAAGGAGCCUCGGAGGACAAUGAAUGCUAGUGAGUGUGUUGCGCGUGGGUGUGCUCUUCAAUGUGCCAUGCUCAGCCCUACUUUUAAAGUGAGAGAGUUUCAGGUGAAUGAGAGCUUCCCAUUUUCCAUUGCUUUGUCUUGGAAAGGUGCUGCACCUGAUUCGGAAAAUGGUGCCAUCGAGCAACAGCAAUCAACAGUUGUCUUCCCGAAGGGAAAUCCUAUUCCCAGCGUGAAGGCAUUGACGUUUUAUAGGCAUAGCACAUUUGAUGUAGAUGUUGUUUAUGCUGAUGUUAGUGAGGUUCAGUCACCAGCAAAGAUCAGCACUUACACGAUUGGUCCUUUCCAAUCUGCCAAAGGAGAACGUGCCAAGUUAAAACUGAAAGUUCGUCUGAAUUUGCAUGGGAUAGCAUCUGUUGAGUCAGCAACUAUGUUGGAAGAAGAAGAAGUGGAGGUGCCUGUGUCACCUGUGAAAGAACCUCCUAAGGAAAUGAAAGAACCUUCUAAGAUGGAGAUGGAUGAAACUCCGAGCGAUGCUGCCCCUGCUGCUGGUGGUGAUAGUGAUGUGAGUAUGCAGGAUGCAAAAGCCUGCAGUGAUGCUUCUGCUGCAGAUGUUGAUAAUGGUGCACCAGAGACUGAAAAACCUGUGCAGAUGGAAACAGAUGCGAAGGUUGAAACAGUUAAAAAGAAAGUUAAGAAGACUAAUGUCCCUGUGUCGGAGGUGGUUUACGGUGCAUUGGCAGCAGUAGAUGUGCAGAAGGCUGUGGAAAAGGAAUUUGAAAUGGCUCUGCAAGAUAGGGUAAUGGAGGAGACUAAAGAGAAGAAGAAUGCAGUGGAGGCAUAUGUGUAUGAUAUGAGAAAUAAGCUUCAUGAUAAGUAUCAAGAAUUUGUAACUGAUUCGGAAAGGGAAGAAUUCUCUGUGAAGCUUCAGGAGGUGGAAGAUUGGUUGUACGAGGAUGGAGAGGAUGAAACAAAAGGUGUUUAUAUUGCUAAACUGGAGGAACUGAAAAAGCAAGGUGACCCCAUCGAGGAACGUCAUAAGGAGAGUAUGGAGCGAGGGCCUAUUAUUGACCAGCUUGUUUAUUGCGUCAAUAGCUACCGUGAAGCUGCACUUUCAAAAGAUCCCAAGUUCGACCAUAUAGACAUCAAUGAUAAGCAGAAGGUUAUCACCGAAUGCAGUGAGGCAGAAACGUGGUUGAAAGGGAAAAAAGAGCAGCAGGAUGCUUUACCAAAGUAUGCCCCUCCUGUACUUUUGUCUGCUGAUGUAAAAAGAAAGGCUGAGACGUUGGACAGAUUCUGUAGGCCGAUUAUGACGAAGCCUAAGCCAGCACCUCCUAAGCCUCAUACUCCUGAGACUCCGCCACCACCACCGCAACCUGAACAGCCGCAGCAGCAGCCUACUGCGUCUUCUGAGACCCAACGGCCAGAGGGAGAAGGGCAGGCGCCACCAGAGCCCAUGGAGACAGACAAGGCGGACAACCCUCAGUAAUUUGGUCUUCUUUCGGGGGUUCGGAUGGAGGAGUGUGUCUACGUGAUAUGAAAUGUCUCCGGCUGUUUGUUUCAUCGUGACAACUCUUUAGCUCUUCUCUUUCUUGUUCUGUAAUUUUCUUGCUUUCAAUAUGUCAAAUUAGGGCUUGUGUCCUGUCUGUCCCACUCCUUUUUAGUGGUUUCCUUACUGUUGAAGGCUAUAAGUUCCAGUUUUGAAGAUUAAAAGAGGAAGUACGGAAAAAGUAUAUAUCACAAGAAAACGAUUAGGUGGCAUCUCCCGUGUUUGGUGCCCCCUCCUGUUCUUAUUUGAAUGAUUUUGGUGAAAGAUUUUUGUAGAA